AUGAUGGUCCGCAACCUCGUCGUCAUUGGGGGUACAUCCCACCCGCAGCUGACGCAAACCAUUUGCAACGUGCUCGGCAUUCCACCGGCCGAUGUCCUGCUCUCCAAAUUUGCCGUUGGCGAGACCAGAGUCGAAAUCCAAGAGUCGGUCCGUGGAAAGGACGUUUAUAUUAUCCAGUCCGGUGGUGGGAAAGUCAACGACCACCUGGUCGAACUGCUCAUCACUAUUUCUGCCUGCAAGACCGCUUCGGCCCGGCGAGUCACCGCUGUCCUCCCGCUCUUCCCCUACUCGCGACAGAGCGACAUUCCAUACAACAAAACCGGCGCUCCCCUUGUCAAGUCGUCCGUGAUGAGCCGGCCCAACAACGGCUACACUUUCGAGAGCACUCCUCCUACUCCCAGCCUGAACAAGUCCGACGGGGUGGGUCUGGGUGUGAAUGGCAUCGACAAUCUCCAGAGGAGCCUUGCCAAGGCUCAGCUCGAAGAUGGUGGCAAUGGCAGUCCUGUUAAGCGGCGUCCAGCCAAUGGACUCCCGCGCAGUGACACACAGGAGUCGCUAAAGUCUGUGAACGGCAUUAACGAUGACACCGCGAGCACCGGUUCGACUUCAACGUCCGCGAAGAUCAACAACUUUCAGCCACGGCCUGGUUACAAACAGUGGGUUGCGCAGGCAGGCACCCUGGUGGCUGAUCUGCUCACUUGCGCCGGCGCUGAUCACAUCAUCACGAUGGAUCUGCACGAUCCGCAAUACCAGGGAUAUUUUGAUAUCCCCGUGGAUAACCUCUACGGCCGGCCACUUCUCAAGAGUUACAUCCAGCGCAAUAUCCCCAAUUACCGGCAGUCCGUCAUUGUCAGCCCCGACGCCGGUGGCGCCAAGCGCGCGACAGCCAUUGCAGACUCAAUGGGCAUCGAGUUUGCCCUCAUUCACAAGGAACGCCGCCCCACAAAGAUCACAGACCGUCAGAAUGCCACCAUGAUGUUGGUCGGUGACGUUAAGGAUCGGAUAGCAAUCCUGAUCGACGAUCUGGCGGACACCUCCAAUACCAUCACGCGCGCCGCCAAAUUGUUGAAGAAGGAGGGCGCCUCCCAGGUGUACGCCCUAGUCACCCACGGCAUCCUGAGCGGCGAUGCCAUUGAGCGCAUUAACGCUAGCGCCCUCGACAAGGUCGUCGUGACCAACAGUGUGGACCAGGUUGAUCAUCUUCGCCGGUGUCCGAAGUUAGAGGUCCUGGAAGUGGGCCAUGUCUUCGCUGAGGCCAUUCGUCGCGUCCACCACGGCGAGAGUAUCAGCGUCCUAUUCCAAUAUGACUGA